AUGACCACCCUCCUCGCCAAUAGGAUCACUACGCUCGUGCGCGCUCCUCCCAUGGCCGCCGCCGCCGCCGUCGCCGGAGGGAGGAGGCCAUUGCACCGGACCUUCGCGCACCCGCCGCCGCCGGAGGAGGAGCACCAGCAGCGCGCGUGCCGCAGCAGGGGAUCCUCGUCCUCCUCCUGCUCGGCUUCCUCUUCCUCGUCGUCGGCGCCCGCCCGGGGGACGGGCACGGGGAUGGUGGUGAUCGUCGGCGCCACGGGCACCGGGAAGACCAAGCUGUCCAUCGACGCCGCGGAGGCGGUCGGCGGGGAGGUGGUGAACGCCGAUAAGAUCCAGCUCUACGCCGGCCUCGACAUCACCACCAACAAGGUGGCCCCCGCGGACCGCCGCGGCGUCCCGCACCACCUCCUCGGCGCCAUCCGCCCCGACGCCGGCGCGCUCCCGCCAUCGACGUUCCGCUCCCUCGGUGCCGCCAAGGUCUCCUUGAUCGCCGCCCGGGGCCGCGUCCCCAUCGUCGCCGGCGGGUCCAACUCCCUCAUCCACGCCCUCCUCGCCGACCGCUUCGACGCCGACGCCGCCGACCCGUUCUCCUCGUCGUCUCGGGGCCACUACCGGCCCGCGCUCCGCUCCCCGUGCUGCCUCCUCUGGGUCCACGUCGACGACGCGCUCCUCGCGGAGUACCUGGACCGGCGCGUGGACGACAUGGUGGGCGGCGGCAUGGUGGAGGAGCUCCGGGAGUACUUCGCCACGACCACCGCCGCGGAGCGCGCCGCGCACGCCGCCGGGCUGGGCAGGGCCAUCGGCGUGCCCGAGCUGGGCGCCUACUUGGCGGGCCGCACCAGCUUCCGCGCCGCGAUCGACGACAUCAAGGCCAACACGCGGGACCUGGCAGCCGCGCAGGUGUCGAAGAUCCGCCGCAUGGCCGACGCCUGGGGCUGGCCCAUCCAACGGCUCGACGCGUCCGCCACCGUCCGCGCACGCCUCCAGGGCGCGGGCCCGGACGCGGAGUCGGCGUGCUGGGAGCGCGACGUGCGCGGGCCCGGGCUCGCCGCCAUCCGGAGCUUCCUGCUGGAGCUGGACGGCGACAGCAUCAUCAUCAAUGGCAGCGCUGAGAUGGAGCCGGAGCCGCGGGUGCGAUGCUGCGACGUGGUGGGGUGA